GGUGUUGCCCCAGGUGGAAGCAGUUUCGAGAGCUGGAUGUUCUGCAAACCCGAGGCUGGUUUCACGGAACUGGAGAAGAAACUCAAGAGCUUUUCCCAGAAGAGCGCAGUGCUGAAAGAAGUCUUGCUGGAAUUCAAGGAAAACCUCCGAUUCGAGCUGGAGAAUGACACAGGUGAUCUCUCGCUGGAUCCCGACACCGCCAACCCUUACCUGGUCCUGUCGGAGGACAAGAGGAGCGUGCGGCUUCGUAGCGCACCCCAAGAGCUGCCGGCGAACCCCAAAAGAUUCGAUUAUUCCUUCUGCGUCCUGGCGGCCGAGGGUUUUAUCGCCGGGCGCCAUUACUGGGAGGUGGAGGUGGGAGACGGGGAGAGUUGGGUUUUGGGGGCGGCUCGCGAAUCCGUCCGGAGGAAGGAAAAAAUCGAUUUUGCUCCUGAGGAAGGAAUUUGGGCGGUGGGAUUAAAUUGGAAAGGGAAAAAUUGGGAUCAAUAUCAAGCUUUUACAUCCCCGGAAACUCCUUUAUCCCUUUGUGAAAGACCCAGAAAAAUCGGGGUGUACCUGGACUACGAGGGGGGGUGGGUGGCGUUCUACAACGCCGAUAACAUGGCGCCCAUCUUCACCUUCACCGCCGCUUUCACCGAGAAAAUCUUCCCUUUUUUCUGGCUCUUUUACGUCGGCUCUUCCCUCUCCCUUUGCAAUUAA